ACUUGAUUAUAUAUUUUGUAUGAUUCGGGAUCGUGAUUUGUAAAGAAGUAUUCCGCGGCAAAUAAAUUGGCGCGAGUUGUGCGCAUGUAAAUUGGGGAACAAAAAGAAAGAACGCUUCAAACCCAAAGAUGACAGAUAAAGACGAGGGUUUUGAUGAUGCGGUGGAGGAGAGAGUUAUUAAUGAAGAAUAUAAGAUUUGGAAAAAGAACACACCGUUUCUCUAUGACUUGGUUAUGACCCAUGCAUUAGAAUGGCCAAGUUUGACAGCCCAGUGGCUCCCAGAUGUCACAAGACCAGAAGGCAAAGACUAUUCCCUACACAGACUUAUUUUAGGAACACACACGACUGAUGAAAUGAACAAUUUGCUGAUAGCCAGUAUUCAGCUUCCCAAUGAUAACUCAACAUUUGAUGCCUCCAUGUAUGAAUCAGAAAGGGGAGAGUUUGGCGGAUUUGGGUCUGUUAGUGGUAAAAUCGAGAUCGAGAUAAAGAUAAACCAUGAGGGAGAAGUGAACAGGGCCAGGUACAUGCCUCAGAAUCCAUGUAUCAUCGCCACGAAGACACCGUCCAGCGAUGUCCUGGUGUUUGACUACACAAAACACCCCUCCAAACCAGACCCCAGUGGUGAAUGCAAUCCAGAACUACGGCUGAAGGGACAUCAAAAAGAAGGAUAUGGCUUAUCAUGGAAUCCCAACUUGAAUGGACAUCUACUCAGUGCUUCAGACGAUCAUACAAUUUGCCUGUGGGACAUCAAUCAGAAUCCCAAAGAACACCGAGUGAUAGAGGCCCACACCAUCUUCACCGGUCAUACCUCAGUCGUGGAAGAUGUGGCCUGGCAUUUACUCCAUGAGAGCUUGUUUGGAUCAGUGGCAGAUGAUCAGAAGUUAAUGAUAUGGGAUACAAGGUCAAAUAACACAACCAAGGCCAGUCACAUUGUGGAUGCCCACACCGCAGAGGUCAACUGUCUGUCCUUCAACCCCUACAGCGAGUUCAUCCUGGCCACAGGGUCAGCUGACAAGACUGUUGCUUUGUGGGAUCUUCGAAAUCUCAAACUCAAACUUCAUUCAUUCGAAUCACACAAAGAUGAAAUUUUCCAGGUUCAAUGGUCUCCACAUAAUGAGACAAUCCUGGCUUCGAGUGGGACAGACAGACGGCUCCAUGUAUGGGAUCUCAGCAAAAUUGGCGAGGAGCAGUCUGCAGAGGAUGCAGAAGAUGGACCCCCGGAACUGUUGUUCAUUCACGGAGGGCACACAGCUAAGAUUUCAGACUUUUCUUGGAACCCCAAUGAACCUUGGGUAAUCUGCUCUGUGUCUGAAGACAACAUAAUGCAAGUCUGGCAGAUGGCUGAAAAUAUUUACAAUGAUGAGGAACCUGACACGCCAGCUGCAGAAUUGGAAACUGGUACUUCAUAAGGGGCCAACGAAACAGGAUGGCUGACAUCAUGUGACCUUGACCUCAAGAUUGACCUUCAGAUUGAUGCCUCCAGAUAUUUGAGACUGAAUAUUUGUUUUUAUCUCAGUGACUCUCUAUGAAAUGUGUCAGUACUAUUUAAGUCUGAACUAAUUGUGUCAUUACAGAAUAAAUUGCUGUUCUUGUAGAAUGUAUAUAUUGAAGUAAAUUGUGUCUUAGAAUAUAA